AUGAAACCGGCCAAUAUCCAAAGACUCUCGCGAAAGUCGUUACUCGCUCUAUCAAAACCAACAAUGGCACGGUUUUACUCCGCGCCAAAGAGACAUUCUACACCACCUGCUACUACUUCGCAAGCCACAUCUUCAACUCAAACAACAGCCAAUAGUUCACGGCCUCGUGGUCUGGCUACAAUCUCUCGCACAAAUACACCAGCAUCUAACCCUCAAAUGGCCUUUCCAUGUCUUGACCGUAUGGAAAAGCGCACGCAAUCUCUCCAAUCUUCCUCAUAUGAGUCCGGUCCUGAACCCUCAUACUCUAACGUUUCCACGGGAUACCAAACCUUUCAUUCAUCAGAACCUCUUUUCCUCGACAAUGGCGGAAUUCUAAGAUCGUUUGAUCUUGCUUAUGAAACAUGGGGUACUCUUAACGAUACACGUACAAACGCUAUUCUUAUUCAUACUGGUCUUUCGGCAUCUUCUCACGCAAAAUCUCACUCUAAAAAUACAAAACCUGGAUGGUGGGAAAAGUUCAUUGGUCCAGGCCUCAGCAUAGAUACCAACAAAUAUUUUGUCAUUUGCACAAAUGUGGUUGGUGGCUGCUAUGGCUCUACCGGUCCUUCAAGUUUUGACCCUGCUGAUGGUGAAAGAUAUGCUACUCGUUUCCCCAUUGUCACAAUUAAUGACAUGGUGCGAGCACAAAAUAGACUGAUUGAGGUCCACUUUGGCAUUAACAAACUUUAUGCAUCCGUCGGUGCUUCAAUGGGCGGAAUGCAAUCUCUUGCAUAUACUACACAAUUCCCUGACGCCGUUGACCGCGUCGUUUCCAUUUCGGGCUGUGCCCGCUCUCAUCCUUAUUCUAUUGCAAUGCGUCAUACCCAGCGUCAAGUUCUUAUGGCAGACCCUAACUGGAAGCGAGGGUUUUACUACGACUCUGUACCACCUCAUGUUGGCAUGAAGCUUGCAAGAGAAAUUGCAACCAUUACAUAUCGUUCGGGUCCAGAAUGGGAAAUGCGGUUUGGCCGUGACCGUGCUGACCCCAACAAGUCGCCUGCUCUUUGCCCAGAUUUUUUGAUUGAAACCUAUCUGGAUCAUCAGGGAGAAAAGUUUUGCUUAGAAUACGAUGCCAACUCUUUAUUAUAUGUCUCUAAAGCCAUGGAUCUCUUUGACAUGGGUGCGACAAAUCGCGAACGCGCGCUUAAGAAUAAAUUAGAAGCUAUGCAACGAUUUGAAGAAGAAAGUCUUGCUACAGGAGUAACAAGCACAGAUAAACAAAUUCCCCAAUGUACUCUGCCAGAUAAGCCUUACAAGGAGCAGCCCCGCAAUAAGGUUACAGAUCUUUCGAAGAGCGAUCUUGUUGAGGGUCUGCGGCCCUUAGGUAAACACAAGGUUUUUGUGCUUGGUGUUGACAGUGAUAUUCUUUUCCCCAGCUGGCAACAGCAGGAGAUUGCCGAAGUGUUACGGGAUGCUUCCCGAUCACUUGGUGGUGAUGGUUCUAACAUUGAGUAUUUGGAAUUGGGUCAAGAAAUUAGUUUAUUUGGCCAUGAUACCUUUUUACUUGACGUUGAGCACGUUGGUCUCCCCAUGAAGCAAUUUCUGGAAGAAAAUUAA